UUCAAAAUUUCUACUUGUUGUGGCAAAGUCACUGCUCAAGUGCUGACGAUGGAACUUGUGAGAAGUUUUACUUGGAUAUUUAUUAGGAAAAAUGGCUCAUCGUUUGUGUGCCUGGGCAUUAUUAUGCUGGUAUACUGUCUUAUUUACUCUUAUACCAAAGUUGGAAACUCGUCGCCGAAAAAAAUACCGAAAUACGGAAUGAGGAAAAGAAUUCCUGACGCUUUGAUAAUCGGCGUCAAAAAAGGAGGAACGUUUGCAAUGGCUGAAUUUCUCAAGUAUCACCCAGAAGUAAAACUUUCGGGUUAUGAACGCCACUUUUUUGAUAACGACAUCAAUUACGCGAAAGGACUUCAUUAUUAUAUUGAAAAAAUGCCCCUAUCUGGGCCUGAACAUCUGGUCAUUGAAAGAACUGCAACUUACUUCAACAAAUUCACAGCUGCCAAGAGGGUUCAUGAUACAAAUCCGAAUAUGAAGUUGAUUUUACUCGUUAAAGAUCCAAUUGAACGACUUGUCUCCGACUUCUUAGAAACGCAGAAACACUUGCGUCAUGAUUGGAGUGCGUUCAAUAGUUUGGUGGUAAAAAACCAUAGCAGUGGCCGGAUUGAAGUUCACGAUAAUUUUUGGAUGGGAGUGGACAUUGGAAAGUAUGAUAUACAUUAUCAAAACUGGGCACAGUACUUUGGGCCAAGUCAAUUGCUUGUAGUGUCAAGUGAGAAAUUCGUGGAGAAGCCUUGGGAGGAAUUGGAACGCGUGCAGAAUUUUUUGGGAAUCGCGGUUCAAAUAACAAAGAGUAAUUUUACAUCAAGCACUGGAAAAUUUUGGAGUAUUUUUUGUGAUAAGACUGGAAGGUCAAAGUGCUUGCAUGAAGACAAAGGUAGAGCACACCCUGAGAUCAAUGAAACGGUCAGAAUAGCUCUGAAGGACUUUUAUCGGCCCAGAGUUGCAGCGUUUGAAAGAAUGGUUGGAAUGAAAUUUGGUUGGAUGGAAGAUUGAUGAUUUGAUGAAACCAAAACUAAAUAAUGAAAAUAUGGUU